CAUAAGCUAAACAGUCCUCUUCUGGCACCAUGUGUUACUACGGCAGCUACUAUGGAGGCCUGGGCUAUAGCUAUGGUGGCCUAGGCUGUGGUUAUGGCUGUGGCUAUGGCUGUGGCUAUGGUGGCUAUGGUGGCUAUGGUGGCUAUGGUGGCUAUGGUUAUGGCUGCUGCCGCCCACUGUGUUGUAGAAGGUACUGGUCUUAUGGCUUCUACUGAAGAGAUUCUGCAGAGGCCCAGGUUUCCUGGCUGGAAGUGCUUCUGAGUAUUUACAAGACACUUCAAAAAUAUAUUGAAAAAAUUCUACCCUUCUACUAAAAUAUCUUAAGAAAUAAUUUAAAUACUGCAUGACUACCUAAUUAUUCACCUUCAA